CUUUUACCAAAAAAAAAAAAAAAAAAAAAGCCGUUUCGUUUUUCCUUAUAAUUUUGCUUGCCAUUCUUAUGACGUAUAACGAGUUAAAUUUCGGUUGCUUCCACCACUUUGCAUCGUGUCUCUCUGUGUGGAUUCCAGCAAGGAAUGAGCAAGCCUGGUUUGAUGCUGAGAACUGAGAAUGAAAGCUACUGACUAUUCAAGGAAAACCCAUACUAUGUUACCUCUAAGCAACGCCCUUCGUAGGACGUAAUCCAAAGCAAAUCCUGCAGUGAACUCCAAGAGUCCUAUAGAGCAACAAGCAUUCCUUUGUUUCUACUCUUUCUCAUCAUGAUCUAUUUCAGACGGACCCAGGAGACUCUCACUCUGGCAUCAAAGUAACGGCAUGGAGCCGUCUACUCUGUUCUCCUCUUCCCUGCUCAUCCUGCUGCUCGGCGGGUCCGUUACAGCAGGGCUUGCGGACAGCAGCCCUCUCCGAGACACAUGCCCGAUGGAUCCCCAGGGUGAAAGGACGCUCUUCAUGAACGGGUUCUUGUGCAAGGAUCCCGAAACCAUCAUGCCGUCUGAUUUCAAGACAUCGAUGCUCGAGAAGGCGGGCGACACCGACAACUUUGUUCGGUCAUCGAUGAACGUCGUGACCGCCGCCGAGUUCCCGGGCCUAAACACGCUGGGCCUCUCCGUGGCUCGAACGGACCUGGCCAUGGAUGGCAUGGUCCUGCCGCACUCCCACCCGCGGGCCUCCGAGAUGCUGUACGUGCUUCAUGGCACGGUGAUCGCCGGCUUCAUCGACACCGAGAACCGGCCGUUCCAGAAGAUCCUCGAGGAAGGCGACGUUUUUGUGAUCCCUCGCGGGCUUCUCCACUUCUGCGUGAAUGCAGGGUAUGGCCCAGUUGCCAUCCACUCGGUGCUGAACAGCCAGAAUCCGGGUGUUGCGAGCAUAGCCGGCGCCAUGUUCUCCUCAGAAUCUCAUGUGUCUGAGAGGCUGGUGGCGAGGAUGCUGGGCCUCGGAGCAAUGGAGCUGGGUCGCAACCGGACGGACACGCCAUUUCGUGAGUCGUAGUUCGAGUUGGGCCAUUUGUCCGUACAGAAGGAUGCUUUGUACAUCUAUUUGUUCUCUAAGAAAAAUGUUGUGCAUUUCUCAUCUAAAAUCAGCCUAUGUUUAUAUAAAUUACUUAUACCCCAAAAGAAAUUAUUUUUUUUUCAACUGUCACAUAAAUAUAUAUAGUUUUUUUUAA